CGAGGGCAGGGCGGGCGCCGCUUCCCUCCGCAGCGGGUCACCGGAUUAAUCAUUGCAUAGCCCCCGGACCGCGCCGGCGGCGCGGGGCGGUCUCCUCCGCCGCACCUCCUUCCCCGGCAGCCUGCCUCCCGCUCUCCCUCCGCCGCCGCUCACACGGACCGCAGGCAGCUGCCCGCCGCAGCCGCACCUGCCCGCUCUCCCGGCGCCAACUUUUCCUGCCUGUUGCACGCACCGAGUAUCCCGCCCGCCGCCGCCGCUCCCGCGGGGAUGGAGGCCGCGGGGCAGCACGGCUGCUAGCCGGGACGGCGGCCGGCCGGCCGGGGGGUGCUUGCCGGGGCUCUCCGCCCCCACCUCGUCUGCCGCUACCGUUUUCGCUGUCCCGCUCUCUGCGGGUAUGGAGGUGCAGCUGGGAGUCGGCCGCGUCUACCCGCGGGCGGGUGGCAGGACCUUCCGCGGGGCUUUCCAGAGCUUCUUCCAGAGCGUCUGCGAGGCUUUCCAGGCGCCGCGGGAGGAGCCGGGCACCAGCCAGCAACCGCCGGCGUGCGCGCCCUGCCCGCCGAGCCCCCCGCCGCCGCCGGGCUCGCCCGCCUGCCUGCCGCCCCAGGAACCCCGCGGCGCCGGGAAAGCGCUGCCGGUUGGCGGCCCGGCCGCGGGCUCGCCCUUCCCCUGCGCCGGCGAGCUGAGGGAGCUGCUGUGCGAGGCGGGAGCGCUGCCGUUGCUGCCGCCGCCCGAGGUCGAACCGGCGCCCAAGGAGGACCCUCUGGGCGACAGCGCCAAGCAGCUCUGCAGAGCGGUGUCCGCUUCCAUGGGCCUGGCCCUGGAGGCGCUGGAGGCGCCGGGAGAGCCGCUGCCCCGCGAGGACUGCAUGUUCGCGAUGCCCGCCGAGCCGCCCCGCGCCCCGCGACCCCCCGGCGGGGACCCGCCGGAGACCCCGCCCGCCCCGCCCGCCUUCGCCGCCGAAGCCGCCCUGGCCGUCGACGUGGCCGCCGGGCCGGGGCUCUACCGCGGUUCGCCGGGGCACGCGGCUCGGCCGCCCACCGCCUUCAGCUUGGCGGCGCCGCCGCCCGCCCGCAUCAAGCUGGAGACCCCGCCGGGGCCGGGACCGGCGGCGGGCGGUGUCUGGGGCGGACCGUGCCGCUACGGAGCCGAACUGGCCCCGCCGGGCCCCGCGCCCCCCUGGCCCGCCUUCUUCGCCGAGGAGGGGCAGCUGUACGGGCCCUGCACCGAGCCUCCCGCCGGCCCCUUCGGCUGCGGGCGCGGACCGACCGCCGAGACGGCCGACUUCCCCGCAGACGGCUGGUACCCGGCGGGCCGGGCGCCCUUCGCCGCCCCCGCCGCCUGCAUUAAGAGCGAGCUGGGGCCCUGGGCCGAGGGCUACGCCGGCGCCUACGGCGACGUCCGAUUGGAGACCGGCCAUGAACAUGUCUUGCCCAUUGACUAUUACUUUCCACCUCAGAAAACUUGCCUGAUCUGCGGAGAUGAAGCAUCUGGGUGCCACUAUGGAGCCCUCACUUGUGGUAGCUGCAAAGUCUUCUUCAAACGAGCGGCUGAAGGUAAACAGAAAUACCUCUGUGCCAGCCGGAACGACUGCACCAUCGACAAGUUCAGGAGGAAAAACUGCCCGUCCUGCCGCCUGCGGAAGUGCUAUGAAGCUGGGAUGACGCUCGGAGCCCGCAAGCUGAAGAAGCUGGGUAACCUGAAGGCACAAGACGAUGCUGAUGCAGUCAGCUUAUCCAGCCCCACAGAGGAGCAAGCUCCCAAGAUGGUGAUGACGCGCAUUGAUGGGUAUGAGUGCCAGCCCAUCUUCCUCAACGUCCUGGAGGCCAUUGAGCCUGGCGUGGUGUGUGCCGGCCAUGACAACAGCCAGCCGGACUCCUUCUCCAACCUGCUGACCAGCCUGAAUGAGCUCGGGGAGAGGCAGCUCGUCUACGUGGUCAAAUGGGCAAAGGCUUUGCCAGGAUUUCGCAACCUGCAUGUGGAUGACCAGAUGUCAAUAAUCCAGUACUCUUGGAUGGGCCUUAUGGUUUUUGCUAUGGGUUGGAGAUCUUUCACCAACGUCAAUUCCAGGAUGCUUUACUUUGCUCCAGAUUUGGUCUUCAAUGAGUAUCGGAUGCACAAAUCCAGAAUGUACAGCCAAUGUGUCAGGAUGCGGCACCUCUCUCAGGAGUUCGGGUGGCUUCAGAUCACACCCCAGGAGUUUCUCUGUAUGAAGGCUCUACUCUUCUUCAGUAUUAUUCCAGUGGAUGGCCUCAAGAACCAGAAGCUGUUUGAUGAACUUCGAAUGAAUUACAUUAAGGAACUUGACCGUAUCAUCGCUUGCAAGAGGAAGAACCCUACCUCCUGCUCUCGGCGAUUUUACCAGCUCACCAAAGUCCUGGACUCCGUGCAUCCUAUUGCCAAGGAUCUGCAUCAGUUUACAUUUGACCUUUUAAUUAAGGCACAUAUGGUGAGCGUGGACUACCCUGAAAUGAUGGCCGAGAUCAUCUCUGUGCAGGUUCCCAAGAUCCUGUCUGGAAAAGUCAAGCCUAUCUACUUCCACACACAGUGAUCUUCCAGAGGGACCUCCCAGUUCUGCCACCCCCAUUUCAGCCAUCUCCUGCCUGUUAUUUCUGCACUACUGUACUGCAGUGCCUUGGGGAAUCCCCUCUGCAGCGGCCGAGAAGACGGACAGUAGCAAACGACUACCUGCUGGGAUUCCUGAGAUUUCUAUUUUUCCCGAGGUACCUCUGAACUGAACUCCCUGCCACAACUUCUGCCUAGAUUUGGCUGGCUCGCUGUGCUGGGACAGGGGACUGUGGCACGGUGGCGGCGGCACUGUGUCUACGCUCUCUCAUUCGUGUGUUUUCUGCAGUGACUUUUAGUGGCCCGGGCCACGGGAGAUUGGGAGAAAUGCCAGCAGUUGUUGGAUUUGGUUGUUGUUUUGGGUUUUUUUUUUAAAAAACGGAACAAGACAAGAAGCAGGUUGAAUCUGUAAGUUUGAGCGUGGGUUACGUUACUGGCUUCCUUUGGGACUUUCUAUUUGCAUUAUGGUGCUGGGAAGCAGACGAGUGAAAACGUUGCAGUAGAGAAACAGCGAAGAGUUGCGGGAAGAGAUGAACUUGCAGCCUGAUGAAUUUACAGGACCUGCUGCCGGGUCAGAAAGGUGCCAUGCAGCCGUUGUGGGGUCUGCCCCGGCCAGCAUGCCGCUGCCGUGUGCCGUCCUGCAGCAUUAGUAUUAGCUGAUGGAGUGUUACGGGGUUGUCAGCGAAAGGGCUGGAGGGGAAAGUGACCUUCAGAAAUCCCCAGAGGUGGCAGAUGGCUACUGUUUUCCAUCUGGGAUGUUUUUCCUGCAGCCGGUCAAGCUGGAUCUCGGUCUGCCCCAUGGACACCCGGGCGCUCAGCAGUCACAUUCCCGUCCUCGACAGCUGCUGCUCCUCCGACACAGCAGUACCCACCUCCGCAAGUGCCUGAUGUCCUCAGACCUCACGCUCUCCCCUCCUCCUGUGGGCACCCGAAGCCCCCUGCCCAGCCCCUCACCAGCUCUGCUCCCGCUGGGUGUCCCCAGACCCCAGGUUUCCACCUACACUACUUAUUCCCCAUCUGUCCCAACUCUUCUUGCUGAUGCCAGCAGACGAGCAUCCCAGGAGCAAAACAGCGGGGCCGGGAUCUGCGGGACCUGCGAGGCCGCGGGACUGUUGUCCCAAAGCGGGGUCGUUUACCCGGUGUGCGAGACACCAAUGUCCACAGGGCUCCGGCUGUUAAUCCUCUCCUUUGGGAGGUGGCUGUGGUGACUGCCUGGUGCUGCCACGGCGCUGCGGGGGGUUGUAAAGGAAACGCCAAAGAGACCUUCUGCCCUUCCAAGCAGCGUGCACGGCUCCUGCUAAUUGCAGUGGUUGAUUGCAGCCUGGGGGGACACUGUCCCACACGCACCGACCUGUCCCCAGCAGCUCUGGGCGGCAUGGUGGUGGCACAGGUGGCAUGAUGGUGGCACGGCCACGUGGCUGACGCAGGACAGGCUGCAGCUCUGCCCUGAGGAUGGAUAAAUGUGCCCUGGCUAACGGGGGCAUUCGGUCCACAGUCGGCAAACAGCAAUGGUUGGUGGGUCUGCAGCUGCUGGUGGCUCCCAGCAGUCAGGAACAUCUGGGAAAAGCAGGUUGUUUUUUCAGGCAUAAGCGUUGGCUUGAUUCCGUUUCAUACCUCAAGUUCAGAAGGAAGCGCAGGCCCACGCAACACCCUUAUUCAGAUUUAUUUGCUGGGCUCUGCUUCCCACAAAGUGGCCAAGCCUGGGUUCCCCGCGGUAUUUCAGUUUCCCCCUUCCCGCACAGCCAUGAGCCCACCGAAACAUGCUGGGCAGACCUGGCCGGGGGUUGUUGCCAAGCACGGCACGUACAGGCCUUUGCCAGGGUCAUACUUCUCAUGGGGGGCUGCAACGUGGUCUGGCUUUACCGACAGACGUCAACAAGGGCUCCUCGUGCCGGCAAACAGCAAGUGUGUGGUUCAUUGGCGGGCAGUGGAUUUGCCAUUGCGGUAUGGAGCUGGUGGCAGAGCGGUGCCCACCCGGCGCUCGGUGCCCACCCGAGGGCGCUGGGGUGGUCCCUGGCACGGAGCCGCCACAAGCGCGAAGCAAACGCCGGAGCCUGGAGAGGUGAAGCUGAUCAGACACGUGCAUCACGUCGCGCCACGUUCCCCCCCCUGCGUAAUACCAGCUACUCGUGUCUUGUCAGAUGGCUUUAAAAGCGAAGGGCAUGAGGUUCAGGCCAAUCGAUUGCCACGUACGUGCCGUGCAGAAAACAGUGCUAAUGCUUCUGCUGCUUGGACCGUUCACAAGCUGAGCAUCGCCGUCAGCUCUUCAGGCAAAUGCCCUCAUGCUACGUCUGGGUUCUUUGCAAACUCUCAGUAAGAACAAACAUUUAAUUUUCCUGAUACUUUUCAGUCAUGCUGUCGGAUUUUCAUUAAGGGAAGGAGUAGGGAAAAAAAAACCCAACCCUAUGGAAGGGGAGGAUCUCUCUUUACAGUUAUUUGUGAUGAGUUUUCCUGCCCUGCUAGAUAUGUCUCUGAUCGUGCUCUUCCUCCUGAAAUCCCUUAAUGUAGGCGGCAACAGAAUCCGUAGGUAACCUUCCUGAAUGCCAGCCAACAGGAUGAUGUUCUCAAUAGCUUUUCCUGUUUCAGAGCGCUGCAAGCGUUUUAAGUGUAGAUAUGAUCUACUAAUAUUUUGCAAAUGAACCAGCAAAAAGAUCCUGCUGGUGCGUUCUUCUCUUCUUGAACAUUUUCUGGCCGUUAGCAGAAGAAUACAAUGAACUACGGGGUUGGUAAUGCCCUGGUCUCUGUCAUCAGCAGAAGGAUGUUUAUGAGCAAUCUGAAUAGCUCCUUUGGAGAGCUUUAUAUUUUGCACAAGCUCAUGUCAGUAAAGUUUUUAUUCAUUAAUAAGAUCGGAGGUCUCCUGAUGGGUACUUUUCUGCUGGGAGAUUGGGAAGAAAUCAGACUUCAUAGGGAUUUGCAUACACUGAUUUGCUGGUGGACGCAUAGCGCGGAUGAAAAAUGGUUUAGAAGGGGAUAGUGCUUGUGUGUCAUCUGCCAGACGCGUGUAACGCACGUGUGGGCAGCCUCUCCAGCCGCGCAGGCUUUAAGGAUGGAGCAGGAGAUCAGAUGAGGUACCCCCGAGUCGGGCCGCCUUCGGCACCCGGUCCCCCAGAGCCCCCGUGGAGUUGUGUUCCCUCUCUCUUCAGCGCCGAAGUAAGCAUCGGCAACUUUUUUAUUCAAAAGUUGACUUUUUAUGAUAUUAUUAGAGGGAUGACCGGAGGAUAUGGGAACCCGGAUCAGUAGCACCUGCGUGUGUAUUUGCUGGGGGGGGGGAGUUAACACUGUUUCUUUGUUUAUAUUCAUGGGCUGCUGCAGGAACUGGGGAAAAAAGAGGUUUAAAAAAUACCAAAGUCCAGAUACUGCCAUAUAUCUUUGUACUUUGUGGUUUUUCUGUGCGUUUUCUUGUCUACUUUUGCUUUAAUAAAGCAAAGAGAAUUUCACCAUCGUGUGGAAGCUGUCCCUGAGGCUUCCCUCGGGAUGGCCAAGUCCCGGGAGAGGGGACCCCCUUGGCGUCGCUGACUCGCACAUCCAGGGAGCAAACCACGUCAGCGUCCCCCGGUGGUUUCACUGGCUCUGCUCUGGUUUGUCUGGGAAGUGCCUGGGCUUUUGUGCUGGCUUAAUCCGGGUCGUGGCUCAGCCCGUCAGCUCCCGCUGAAGGCAGCAGGUGGAAGGCAAGGAACACACACGUUGGCAUCGUCCCGGGAGCAGCAUCGUUGCACGGAAGGGAACAAUUCCAUGAGAUAAAGGGUGUGAGAUGAGGUUGCCUUUAGCACAGGAGGAACUCUUCCUCAGUCCUGUGUAAUGCCAGAAGACGUGAGCCAGGUGACGCGGUGCAGUUGCGUGCCUGAGUGGGCAGCGUUCUUGAGCCAGCAGACCACAGAUCUUCUCCCACUUUUUCCCACCUUUGCCCAGCAGGCUCCCACCAGCACCAUCCGUGGUCAACAGGGAGCUUCACUUAGCAAGAGUAAGAGCUUGGGUAGCGGCUCUCCACUUGGCGAGACUUUGUGACCAUUCCUGGAGAGCCCGGCAGCAUCCAAACGCUGUUCCCAGAGAAGUCAAAAGGCCCUGUGCACUUGGCUUCAGGGAGAACGGAGUUAAGCCAUGAGCAUCGCACGCCGUGCACGGCAAGGCAGAUACGGAGGGAGUCAGCCCUGCGGAGGGAAGGUGGGACGCUCACAGCCUUCGCCACCACAUGCUGGUUUCACACUUGUCGCUCCGGGUGAUGCCUGAGAGGUCAUUGCCGUGGUCCGUAGGGAUGCUGAGGUGGUACCCGAGGUGUCACCUGCCUUCUCCAGCAGUGCCACUGGGAAGAGCUGGCCUUCCUUGCAGGGUCCCCGGCCAACGCAGGCUGUCCCUGCAGCUCCCUGCCGCUGUCGCUCCACUUACUGAUCUCUCUCCCUUGAUGUUUCAGUAACGUUAUAUAUGUUAAACAUAUAUAUAUAUAUAUUAAAAAAAAGGCAUGCGCCAUUUUAUAUUGCUAAAGAUACCUAUUUAAUAUAAUGCUUUAAGAGAGUUUUCUUUUCUGAUUGCAACCAAAUCUUCAGGAGGUGAGUUAGUAUGUGCCGAUAUUAAUGGAAACUUCUAAUUUAAUAAUUUUUUCUGGUGUCCGUAUCUGCUUCUCCGGCUUUAGACAGGGAUAGUAUUUGCACUUGGGGGACAACAGAGUGUCCUUUUAUUUCUGCUCUCUCUGACUGCACAAAGUGUCCUUGCACUUUAGGGCAGAAUCCUGGAAUUAGAGAGCGGUAGCUGUUUUCUAGCUGUUUCAAAGCAGACUUUUAGAGGCACGGACAUCCUUUCUUGUGCCGUAACGACUGUCUCUGCGCCGUCACGUCCUGGUGCCUGCUCUCAGACGACAGAGUACCUGGGAACCGGUGGCCACGCGAGGUGUCCGUGUGGCAGGGGGACAGGCGGCGGUUAUGGAAAUCUGCGUCGGGCUCCAGGGGUUGCUCCAGCCCGUUCCCAGGGUGGGGGCCGGCGUGGGGCUGGGGGAGACGGGCGCAGGCUGCAGCCCUCCCGCACCCACCUUGGCUCGCUCGUCUGCUCCCAGGCGGCACGGAGGGACUUUUGCUCGUCCCCUUUUCGAAUGGCGGGGGAACCUGCUCUUGUGAGUCAAAAAGUAAAUAUCUGCGCCACACGUAAAACCACAGCAAGUUUCUAAUAAGCUGCUCUCUGUGCCGGGUAUUUUGUGUUCUGUGGCAAUUUAAUGCUGUUUUUAUUUGUUAACAUGUUUCUGUAAUAAAAAGAGUUCUCUAUAUUGAUAUAUUCUAUUUUCUUCGUAAUAAGCCAAAAAGCUCAUUGCUGGUGCCUUUUUGCCUGGGGAGGACUCCCAGCCCACAGCUAUAUUCAUGAAAGCAUCAAAGCGUAAUGUCUCUGCAAGCGCUCGUUUCGCCGUGGCCGAGUAAAGUCAUGAAGGAAACCCCGCAGGAUUACCGGAAGGAAGAGAACCCAGUGGCCUACGGAACGGGCGGAAAGACUUUCAGGUACCACGACGUGGUUAUUUCCCUAGGCCUGGUUCCAAGGCGAGCGGUUCCAAGGCGAGGGCUAAAGCUUUCAGCUUCUUACGCCCCACGUGGAAAAAGCCUUUGCCCCGUCCCGGCGGGACUUGGCGGCUGCGUUGCGAGCCUUUGUCCUUUGCGAGGUGUGCGAGGCGGUCGAAGCCUACUCCCGUCGUUUUCUUACGGUUGCAAUUGUAUUGCAGUUGCGAGACUGUGGUCUUUUUUCAGUCACCUUUCAGAAACGGCAGUAUUUUGCCUAAAUUAACAGCAUCUGAGGCCAAAUUCCGCUUCUAGAGAAGGACGUUAGUUGGAUUGUUGCCACUCCUCUUUUUUUUUUUUUCCUUUUUUUUUUUUUUUUAAAUUAAAUUGGAACUGAUUACAUUGAAUAAGGAAAAUCAAGGCCUACAAUGUUACGAUGUCAUCCGGACUGGAGAGCAGUGACAUCCGCUGCAUUGGCCGGUGAGAUGCGGUGGGGGAUGGCCAGGAGAUGACCAUCACUCAGAAGUCACUUUAUGGGACUGAAGGACAUUUAUUCUCGUAACCAAAAAAGAGGAGCCUGUCUGGCAUCCAGGCUGAAGACAAAACCAAUUACACUGCGCUAGGGGAAAUUAAAAUACUUACUUUUUGACUGUUUUAGUCCAUGCUUGGGUCCCACGCAAGCCCUCAGCCUGUGCUGUGCCACAGGGCAGACCUUCAUGCUUGGUGUUCAGCUCUUUUUGUAAUCUUAAAAAUCUGUUGUUGUUCUAAGUACAAUAAAGGCAAAAAAAAAAAAAAAAAAAAAAA